CAAAUUUUAUUUUGAGCAGAUUUAUGGUGAAAUUGGGAUGGAAGCAGCAAAGAAAUAGUUUAGAUUUUGACCAAUACAGAAUUGGACAUUUGCCAAAUGCAAGAGUUUAUGGUAAUUAUCUGAAAGUUAUAGGACUAAUUAAAAUGGAGUCCCUUCUCUUUAAAAGCUUAUAACCAAAUUGUGAAGAUAUAUAUGAAUUUUUUUCUAGAUAGCUCAAAAUAGCAUACUCCUUUUGCCAAAUGAGUGCUGUAGAAAAUGUUUCUGAUGUUUUGAGAAUAGCUCUAGUUGUUGGCAUUCUGAUCCUAUUUAAAGUUAAUUUACAUCGCCCCCUCCUUCCCUGGGACAGACUCCAGGAGUCUCGGGACGCGGCUCGUUCUGUCCCAUCCACCGCUCCCAACCGUCAUCCUGUAGCCGAUACUUGUGCCUCAGCUACCAUUCCCUGAACAAAAUGCUCCAAGUGGUUUCUCGCAUGAUGGGGAGAGCCUCCCCAAAACCAGCUGCAGAAGUGCUGUUGGCAGCCCGUAACUUUGUAAGUGAAGCUUCCUUUGAUAUUAAGAAAUGUGCCCUUCAUCGCCUCGAAGAGGGCCCUCCAGUCAGUACGGUUCUCACUAGAGAGGAAGGACUCAAGUACUACAAGAUAAUGCAGACCGUCCGAAGGAUGGAAUUGAAAGCAGAUCAGUUGUACAAGCAAAAGGUCAUCCGUGGUUUCUGCCACUUGUAUGACGGUCAGGAGGCUUGCUGUGUGGGGAUCGAGGCCGCUAUAAAUCCUUCGGAUCAUGUGAUUACAGCCUAUAGAGCUCAUGGCUUUACCUAUGCGCGUGGACUUUCUGUUAGGGAAAUUUUGGCCGAGCUAACGGGACGCAGAGGAGGCUGCGCCAAAGGAAAGGGAGGCUCGAUGCACAUGUACACCAAGAACUUCUACGGCGGCAACGGUAUCGUUGGAGCCCAGGUGCCAGUGGGAGCCGGCAUUGCCCUGGCCUGCAAGUACAAAGGAACAAAUGAGAUCUGUUUUACUCUGUACGGAGACGGUGCUGCUAAUCAGGGGCAGAUAUUCGAAACUUAUAACAUGGCAGCUUUGUGGAAACUGCCUUGUGUUUUUGUUUGUGAGAAUAAUCGAUACGGAAUGGGAACUUCGACGGAGAGAGCAGCAGCCAGCACUGAUUAUUACAAAAGAGGAGACUUUAUUCCAGGAGUAAAAGUAGAUGGUAUGGAUGUUCUGUGUGUCCGAGAAGCAGCAAAAUUUGUAGCUUCCUACGCCAGAUCGGGAAAGGGCCCCAUAUUGAUGGAACUACAGACAUAUCGUUAUCAUGGGCACAGCAUGAGUGAUCCUGGUGUGAGUUACCGUUCCCGGGAGGAGAUUAAGGAAGUGAGGAAUAAGAGUGACCCUAUUAUGCUUCACAAAAAUAGGAUGGUCAACAGCAAACUUGCCAGUAUUGAAGAAUUGAAAGAAAUUGAUAUUGAAGUAAGGAAAGAGAUUGAGGAUGCUGCCCAGUUUGCUACAGCUGAUCCAGAGCCACCUUUGGAAGAAUUAGGUUAUCAUGUCUACUCUGGACAGAUAUCUUUUGAUGUUCGAGGUGUGAAUCAAUGGAUCAAGUACAAAUCUAUCGGCUAAAAGGGAUUGUGUCAAAACAUAAACAUUUCUCCUUUUCCUCAAAUAAUCUUAUAUUUAUUUAUGUAUCUAUUCUGUAUUCUCCCUUCCUUCCCUCCCAUCUCCAUCCCUUCAUAAUCCCACUAGAAUGUGAACGUCUUGAGGUUUGAGUUAAAUAUUUUGUCUGGUCAACUUUAAGAAACUGUCAAGGAAGAAAUGAAAAAUUCAAAACCAAAAAAAAUUGAAUUGUCAUUAGAAAAUGCUAAAUAUAUACAUUAAAUGCAAGAAUAUUCCUACUAAUACUCAUGCUAUAAUUUUCUAUUAUGCUGUUUUAUUAAAGGAACUGAACAAGUUAAAAUUAAUUUAUACAUACAUAUUUAAUA